AUGGCCAAGUGGCUCCGGGAUUACCUGAGCUUUGGAGGCCGGCGACCCCCUCCGCAGCCGCCCACCCCUGACUACUCGGAGAGCGACAUCCUGAGAGCUUACCGGGAGCAGAAGGAUCUAGACUUCGAAGACCCCUACGGAGACGCGGAAAACCGGCAGGAGCCGGACCUCGCCACCUCCGGGGACCUCAAGGGCCCCGGGGAUGCCAAGUACGAUUCUCCCAAGCAUCGGCUCAUCAAGGUGGAGGCUGCAGACAUGGCCAAGGCCAAGGCCUUGCUGGGCAGCUCGGAGGAGGAGCUGGAAGCUGAUGCCGAGUAUUCAGAUCCUUUUGAUGCCCAGCCUCACCCACCACCCCCAGAUGACGGUUACAUGGAGCCCUACGAGGCCCAGCGGGUCAUAAGCGAACUGGCCGGCAGGGCACUGCAGCUGUAUGACACUCCCUACGAGGAGCAAGCCCAGGAGCCAGAGGACGGGCCCCCUUCUGGGGGCCAGAAACCUCAACAGAGCCGCCUACCCCGGGAAGACGAGCGGCCUGCGGACGAGUACGACCAGCCCUGGGAGUGGAAAAAAGACCACAUCUCCAGGGCCUUUGCAGUGCAGUUUGACAGUCCUGAGUGGGAAAGGACCCCAGGCCUGGCCAAGGAGCUCCGGAGACCCCCACCCAGGAGCCCGCAGCCCGCAGAGCGUGUGGACCCGUCCUUGCCUCUGGAGAAACAGCCGUGGUUCCACGGCCUGCUGAGCAGAGCAGAUGCGGAGAAUCUGCUGUCCCUUUGCAAGGAAGGCAGCUACCUCGUGCGGCUCAGCGAGACCAGCCCCCAGGACCCCUCGCUGUCCCUCAGGAGCAGCCAGGGCUUCCUGCAUCUGAAGUUCGCCAGGACGCGUGAGAACCAGGUGGUGCUGGGCCAGCACAGCGGCCCCUUCCCCAACGUGCCCGAGCUGGUCCUCCACUAUAGCUCACGCCCACUGCCCGUGCAGGGCGCUGAGCACCUGGCCCUGUUAUACCCGGUCACCACGCUGACCUCCUGA